GGGGAAAAAAAGAAAAGCUCGGGAGCAGGGCAGGGUGGAGGAGAGGAGCAGAGGAGCGACACCAGAGGAGAAAUACAAAACUCCACUUUUCUACAGGGGGGAAUCCUACUUCACAACUCACCAAAAGUACGGGGCAGUUAUCUACUGUAAUCCAAAAUAACAAUAGAGUGAUUAAGAUGGGAACAGAUGAUUUUGUUCAUUUUCUGAAACACCAGAAAGCUUUUCAAAUCACAUGUGUUACAUAUGAAGGAUCAUAUUUAAGGUCAGGUCGUUUGAUGCAAAAUUUCGUCAUGUCAAUAUUUCAUGUUGCUCUAAAUUUCUUCUGAAUAUUUAGAAUUGACACCAAACAAUUGUUGUGUGUGUGUGUAUGUGUGUGUGUGUGCGCGCGCUCGCGCUCGUGCGUGUGUGUGUGUGUGUGUGUCGCAGGGUCGAGGAUUUAAUGUCAUAUUUAAUAAAUCCACUAUAAUAUGGAACAUGUGUAUCAAUGAUUCGGUAAAUCUGUGCCUCGGAAUAUGUUUCAAAAGAAUGACACGUCUCGUGGCAUUUCGCCCCCAGAUGUAAAACAGGGGAACUGCAUACACAGACGAAAUUUAAUUAUGGGCCCUAAUGCAAGUCGACCCAUGAGAGGAUGUGAUGCUGAAAAGGUUUUCAGACUGUUCCCUGCGACUGUCAAUACAAUCUGAGGAAAUGUUUAAAAGAACCCAUAUGGGUAAGAGCGCCCGCGGACUCCGUUCUCAAUCUAGAAAGUUGGCUCGUUUUACCACCGGGACAUUUAACCAAACCAAAGCUUUGAUGCAGAAUAAUCCAUUAAAUGCUCAUUAGACGGAAACAUUUAGUUGAUGAAUAAUGCAUUUGCCCGGUGGCGAACCCAGACCACCGUGCAUCAUGUCCCGUAUACAGUGGCCAAUUUGACAAGUUCCCAUUGGCCACAUAUCAGCCAGGGCAAUUUCCACCACUCGUGUAACCGGACUUAUUGUUUCCAGAAACGUGAACGAAAACAUGUCUUUGGAUUUCCAACAUAUAGCGUGUGUGGAGCUACAGCGCAGUCUGGGUUUUGCGCAAAGUGCAAUCAGAGGCAAACAAGAAGAUGUCAGAAUGGCUCCAUGAACACAUUAUACGGAUUUUUGUUUGACUAACUGCAGGGUGGCAAAGGCCUGCAUGCCUCUGGUUGUGUUUCUGGUUAGUAGAGGUUCAACGCACAACCUCUAACUGUACAAUCACGCAGCACGGACAGGACUCAUGAUGAUUCAAAUCUGACAAUACCACUCUUGUUCCUAUACGUGGUGCACACUAUUUACCAUCACGACCUCGAAAUGUUAAUUACCGGCCAUGUUAUCACUGCUCCCACCACACUAUCACCUCUCCUCUUCGCGAAAGAGCACUGUAAAUCAGACAAGGGAGCUUUUGUCAUAAGGCACCAAACUCGAGGCGUUUGGUGCGCGCGUGUGCGAAUGCGUGACCGCGCACGCGUUGAUACCCAUGCGCAACGCUCCGUUGCGCUCUCUGAAGGGGAAUAAGUGGGAGUGGGCGAGGAGAGGGGACGACAGUACAGAGGAGGAUUCGGGCGGAUAAGUAACUCGUCACCAAGAAACGGGGAGGGCAUCAUCAUCACCGAGGUCCACUGCACCAGCUGCAACUUGCUGCCGCACGGCACAAGCAGCCCCCAUCCAUGUCCGGCGGGUGAGUCCACACGCAACACGCCGAAUGCACUGUACAAUUUUUCUAUCAAAUGUCUUCUUUUUCUUAAAUAGGAAAACUGGAAUUUUCAGAUUGGCACCGGGUCAUUCAGCCGCGGUCAGCUGUCAAUAUUUAAAGGAACAAAACACUAAAGUUCAGAUACUUUAUUUGUAUUGACGAGAGGUCGCGUAUAAUCUCCGUGCGAUAAUAUUGUUCAUCCAUUAGGGAAAUUCGUUAUUUAAUUUAUCCCGUGCGCAAAGGGAGGCAGUUGGUGUCCACGGCAGAUGGACAGACAAAAGGAGAAACCGACUGAAAAACUGAGACAAAGGACGUUAGAAAUCAUUUUUGCCUCGACACCGGCUGCGCCUUCCACACAGCUGGGACUCUUCAAUUUUUAGUAGGCAAAACACAUCAUACAAUACUGUUGAAGAAAUGAUUAUUUUCAAUAUUGCACGCACGACAAUUCGGCGAGGACAUUGAGAAUUUGAAUCCAAAUGGGCUAACGGUAUGUCAGACCACCAAUUUCAUAUUCCCUCUUGACCAAACCAAGUAAUUACAUUAAUUGUCAUGAAUUUAGUCCAAUUCUAUUAAAGCCAGGCCUCGGUGGUUUAAAUUGAUCUUGGAAUAAUGAUCAUUCUAAACAAUGUAAAACCUGUGUUGUUUGCCCCCUUUUUAUUUAACAUCAACCCCUUGAAUUCUAUUAACAGUUUGACGAUGGAUCACCCUUUCCUGCCUCGGUCCAUGUGGACCGGUGACAGUAAAUUCCUCCAGCAUCCCGCGGACCUCUACAGCAGCGUGGUAGUUACGCGCAGCAUCCCCGCGGGCACGUGCUUCGGCCCAUGUGUGCUCCAGAACACUUUCUACGACACCAUCGCCUUCAUAGCGCAGAAAUCCUCCGACAGAAGGGCGAAAUCCUACGUGUUCAGGGUGGACCCCGAGGCAAUGCGCAAUUCUGCGCUGGUGCUCUCCUGGCUGCGGCUCGUGCAGGCUGCGCGCAAUGGAGAGGAGCAGAACACGGAGGCCUUCCUGAAAGCCGGUCAGCUGUACGUGCGGACCGUCCGGGACAUUCGGCAGGAAGAAGAGCUGAUGGUGUGGUACGACCAGGAGCUGUCUCACCUGCUGGGUUUCACGGACAUGACCAGAGGAUCGAGUGAAGAAUUCAAAUGCGGCAGGUGCAACCAGGUCUUCAAGAAUGAGUAUCCGUUCUUGGCCCACUGCCGAUUCCUGUGCACUCAGGUGAAGAGCGACCCCUGGAGCCGCGAGGUCUACGGGCACAAGCACGUGGAAAUUAAGAGGCAACACCGAGUGACGGAUUUCCACAACAUCGCCAGAGAUCUGGAGCACAAAAAACCCAGCAGCAACGAGGACGCGGAGAUUUUCCCCAAGAGAAGGAAAUACGAGGAGCCCGUUUAUCCCAAAGGACGGAAAACGGUUCUGCUAGAGAAGACAAACAUUUCAAACGAUGAUAAUAUUACACAGCUGAUUAAGGGUUACGACCAGGCAGCGGGAGACCCAUCUUCCUCUGCAGGGAAACUGAAAGCCGAUAAGGUCGAACCGGAUCAUUUGGGAUGUAAGAGUGAUGAUGAGGCUUUUGCUGAAGCGGGGGCACCCAAAGAGACAUUUACGCGCGACAGAGAGGCGGGCGCGCGGUCAGGAGAGAGCUCCGAGGUGCACUCGAGUAGCAGCAGUGCAUUUUCUCUGGUCCUGCCCAACAGCCAGGGCGAACAGAAAAGCGCUUUCUGCAAACCGUUCAAAAGAACUUCUCCCAUUGACCCUCAGGCGCGUCUCAGCAGCGCCACAACAGCCCCCUCUAGCCGCCUAGAGGAUAUGCCUGCAGCUUUCACCUCCAGGACUGUUUUGGGAUACAACAAUAUGAUGUCACCCAACGUCCUGAGCGGCGACCUGCAGACCGGACCCUCCCCGGUUGCGCUGAACAACACUUUCCAUUACGCGCCGGAGCACUGGUCCAGGAACGUUGGCGCUCAGCUGCAGAGCGCGCCCUCUCUCACGAUCCUCCCGCCGACGUUCACCUCGUUCGGCGUGUCGGUGCAGAACUGGUGCGCCAAGUGCAACCUGUCCUUCCGCAUGACCUCCGACCUCGUCUUCCACAUGCGCUCUCACCACAAGAAAGAGUUCGCGGUGGAGUCCCAGGUGAGGAGGAGGAGGGAGGAGAAACUCACCUGCCCGAUCUGCCACGAAUACUUCCGAGAGCGGCACCACCUGUCCAGACACAUGACUUCCCAUAACUGAGACGAGAAGGGAUACAAAAUAAAAACAAACUCUAUUUAUUUCCUAGAUAUUGCUCGUAUUUAACAUGUUCAUACCCCAGAUGAGGAGUAUAACAGCGAAUGUAGGUAAUUGUAAAGAAAAUAGCCAGACGGGACAAGCAUGGCCACCACAGCCUGUCCACUAGGUGACGAUAGAGGUACGUGUAAGACGAUCUCACUGCAGUUUGGUGUCUGUCCCUUAGCCCUGUUUAUUAGGUCGAUGGUUGUUUUGUGCCUUAAGGAGCUCAGGAGGGAAGAGAGACAGAGAGAUCUCCUCGAGGGCAGCGCAUGAUUGUCAUGAAUAUCUCGACGCAGUUCUCCCACCCGUCAGCGUGUCUCUGCUCUGAUUGGCACAGGACACGUGGAUUGAGUGUGUUUGCACAUUCGUUUUGAAAUCUUAAAAAUGUGAAAAUCAAA